AUGGAAUAUCUUGGCUGCUACAUGUUCAGUCAGAGAGAAAGAAAUAGUGGAGAGUCCACGAUCACCUUAUAGUAUUUCACUGGAUGCCUCAGAAGUGCAGAUGGGGAUAGUGAACAGUGGUUAAGGAUGUCUGAAGAGCCAGUGUCAGGAGAGUGUAUGACCCCUGAUAUCCCUGAGGAGAACUGCUGCAUGGAGGGCUGUGAAAGGCCCUGUGCCUCUUGUGACAUGCUAAUGGAGCUGCUGAAGGGAUUGCCAUGGCGCCGUGCUUUCCUGGCUGUCAUCUUGAACCUGCUGGCUCUCAGCCUCUCCACCACUGCCUUACUCAGCAGCUACUGGUGCACUGGGACUCAGAAAGUGCCCAAGCCUUUGUGUGAGAAGAGCAAAACCCCCAAGUGCAUCGGUGUCCCCAUGUCACCUGACGCAGCUGCUAGCAAUGUCUCGUCCGAGGACGUGGUGCACUACAGCUGGGAGACCGGGGAUGAUCGCUUUGCCUUCAGAUACUUCCACACAGGGAUGUGGCUUUCCUGUGAAGAGAGCAUGGAAGGGCCAGAGGAGAAAUGCCGUAGCUUUAUUGAGCUUUCACCGGCAGCAGACAGAGGAAUCCUGUGGCUGUCACUGGGAUCGGAGAUGCUGUACAUUAGCUUGCUGCUCAUCAGCUUCAUCCUCCUGAUGGUGGAAAUGCUGCACACUGGCAAUCCUGUCUGUGGGUUGAAGAUCAACGCCUUUGCUGCUGUGUCCUCAGUGCUGUCAGGUCUCCUUGGGAUGGUGGCACACAUGAUGUACUCUCAAGUCUUCCAGGCAACAGUUAACCUGGGACCAGAGGACUGGAGACCACACGAAUGGGACUAUGGUUGGGCAUUCUACAUGGCCUGGGUCUCCUUUACCUGCUGCAUGGCCUCUGCUGUCACCACUCUCAACACCUACACCAAGACAGUGCUGGAGUUCAAAAGAAACCACUUCAAAGGCUAUGAUGGAAGCUUCAGGGCUCAGCCUCAGCAUCACCAGUGCUUCAUACAGCAGCAAAUAAGCAGCUACUACAUGCCCCAGGAGAAGCCCCUCCACUCAGUCUCUGAGGGAGUUGACUUCUACACUGAGCUGCAGCAGAAAGUGUUACAGAGGGAACCAGAGCUGGAGCUGGAUGAGGUUUUGGGACAGAUGAUCGGGGAGGAUCGCUGCUAG